UGACACUGUGUGUUGACUCCAAUUACAUGGACUGUAGAAAUAUGACAUUAAAUUUCAUCACUAAUAAAGUUUUGAGAUCUCAUUUAGUGAUUGAAAUGUUGUUUCGCAUGCUUUGACUCAUUCACGCAAAUCAAUUCCCAUUUGAUGACACGUUUUUAAUCAUCAUUUUAAUCAUACUUUUAAUCAAAUCUAUAUUUUAUUUAUACUUUUAAUUGAUUGUCAAUACAAUGGGUAAACCGAAGGGGAGGAAUGGGUUCUUCCAGUUCUUAAUCCACACACAGAAUCAGCUCAAGAGAGAGGGCAAGAACUUAGGCCUCAAUGCACCCGAACUCCAGGGCAUCGCCGGCUCCCAAUGGAGUGCGAUGUCAAAGCAAGAGAGGGAACCGUUUGAACAGAAGGCGAAGAGGAGUCAGAGUCAGACCAUUGCACAAUUGCUUCACAUCGUGAAGUACACCCGUAUAUGUCUCGGCGUUGACUUCGACUUUGAGCGGCAAAUGAUUUUGAGUGGGAGUUAUGCCAAACAUAGAGCACAACACAUCCGAUAA